AUGAUAGUAUAUUACGUGCUUGAAGAUGGUUUGGGGAGGGACGUUGACAUAACAGUGUGGAAUAGUCCCGGAAGUGACGUCACUGGAAUGGCGGCUAGGUCAGAAAAAGUUGUCAAUGCUGCUGAAAAGCUUCUUGGUAACCUUGAAGUUUAUCAUUACCACGGAAAGUUAGUGCAGAAAGAACCCAAAUCAGGAGGAUCAUGGUUGUGGCACCAAGACUACGGUUACUGGUACCGAAAUGGUUGCCUCUUCCCUGAAAUGCUAACUGUAUUUAUGGCAGUAGAUAAAUGUGACAAAACAAACGGAUGUUUGAAGGUUCUGAAGGGAUCACACAAGUGUGGCCGGAUUGACCACAGUAUGGUGGCCGGUCAGACGGGGGCAGACAUUGACAGAGUCAGCGAACUCAAGAAGAAACUUGAAGUUGUUUUCGUAGAACUGAACCCAGGUGACGUCCUGAUGUUCGGUUGUAAUCUGCUUCACUGCAGUGGACCAAAUAAUUCCGACAGACGGCGCUGGGCGUAUCUGAUGUGUUAUAAUACACGUCAUAACAACCCGGUCAAAGUUCACCACCACCCCUGCUACACACCUUUACAGAAGGUGCCAAAUUCUGCAAUCAAGGCUUGCGAAAAUUACACCGAUUUUUCAGGGAAAGCAUUUAUGGAUAGAGAUGUUAAUGAGACAGUUAAAAUCCAUAAAAAGGAGAGUUAAUUUUAAACUUUUUUUUAUCGAAUUGGAAAA